GCUGUAGAAAGGCACAUGCAACCAAAGUAAUCUGGAAAGGACGACAAGUGUGACCCUGUCUGCAUUGAAAUCAGAGCUUCCUUGCCGCUGCCACUACGGUCACACUAGCACGCCCACGUUUGCUCCUUCCAGCUGCUGGUAUAUCUGUUGCCCGAGGGAGCAGUCAUGGAGCAGUCUCGGCCGCAGGCGAGAUCCUCCUCAGCCUCCACAGGGGGCGGGGUCGGCAAGCCCCAGGACUCUGGGCUCCUCACGCGCGACGACUUCGACGGCGGACCCGUGAGCAUCGACGAAGUGGACACAGGACUGUUUUUGGGCAACCUUACGGCCGCCACACACAUGGAGACGCUGCGCUCCUUCAAGAUCACCCACAUCCUGACGCUGGACUCGGUGCCCCUGCCGCAGCACAUCCUGGAGGCCAGCUUUCUUACCACCAAGUACAUACAGAUUGCCGACAUGCCGCGCGAGGACAUCCUGCAGCAUCUGGAGGGCUGUGUGGACUUCAUCAGCGCCGCGUUGGCCCAGCAGGGCAAUGUCCUGGUGCACUGCUACUUUGGCGUCAGUCGCAGCUCCUCCACGGUCAUCGCCUACAUGAUGAAGCGCCACAACCUGGACUUCCUGCCCGCCUACGCUGUCAAGUCCAAGCGCCGCUUCGUCCAGCCUAACGCCGGAUUCGUCAGCCAACUGAAGCUCUUCCGGCGCAUGGGCUGCAAGAUCGAUCCGAGCUGCCAGCGCUACAAGAUCCACCGCCUCCGCUUGGCCGGCGAGCAGAUGCGCAAGGCCAAGAUCCUGCCGCAGAGCUUCCACAAUGUGGUCCGCCCAGAUCCGGACAUCACGCGCGAGAACCCGGAGCCCAUUGUCUUCCGCUGUCGUCGGUGUCGCCGCGUCCUGGCCUCCAAAUCCCAUGUGCUGGAGCACAAACCGCGCGACAGGCCACCAUCGCAGGAGGUGGUGGAGGUGGAGCCCCAGCCCCAACCCCAGCUUAAGGCCAAGCCCACCAAGGAGGAAGGACCUGAGCAGCCCAGUGCAGGUGGUCCUCGCAUGCUGGAGCAGCUGGCCGAGCGCAUCCGGCAGUCGUCAUUGGGUUCGCCCAACCAUGAGGGCACCCCCAACCAUUGCCGCAGCAUAUUGUUUGUGGAGCCCAUUGCCUGGAUGCACCGCAUCAUGCUGAACACCCAGGGCCGCCUGUACUGUCCCAAGUGCGAGCAGAAACUGGGAAAUUUUAGCUGGAUCAACGCCUGCAAGUGUCCUUGCGGGGAGACGAUGACCCCGGCAUUUUACCUGAUACCUUCCAAGGUGGAGCUCUCCAAGGCCGUGCAGAAUGUGCAGACCACAGUUUAGGUGCUGUUUGCACGAAAAAGAAGGAGAUGGCAUCACAGUUCCGGGACAGAAAUGGAAUUACCAGCGAACACCUAGACUCAUGCCCAUGUCCACUGUCGCUUCAUUGUUUGUAGUCCCUGCUAAGUUUCAAGUAGAUCAAUCUAUAGAAACAUUGUGGUAUCUGCAAUAUCACGGUUUUAAGAAAUAUCACAUUUUCAAGUCUUAAUUUAAAAUAUCUUCUUAAGUACUCCAUUUGAUUGGCAUGCACAACAAAAGAUGCCCUUUCCUAGAAUGAUUUAUUUUUUAUUUCAUAAUUUAGGGAUAAGAUUUUGUUGAACCUUAAAAAAACUGUACAUACUUUGUAAGUACCAACCACUUUGUUACAUUGUAAUAUAUAGAAUUUUAUAAAUUUUGUAAUCCUUUUAAAAGUAAUGACAGUUUGGGAGUCACAUUUCCCAGCGAUUUCAAGAAUAUGUCGAAAAUACAUACGAAUGUGACCGUAUCGUUUGGAGUUUAACAAUUUUGAGCCAUCUUCAAAAUAGAUUUUAUUAAUUACAAUAUUUGACCCACAGAGAAGGUGAUCAUGUUAAAAAUGGCUGCUGAAAUAAGCAAAACAAAUGUCAUGAGUGACGACAAUCUUCAAUGUACACCAAUCAAAUGGCCUCUUCGGAAGAUGUUUAAAUUGAAGUAAUUUGAAGUUGUGACUUUCUUCAAAUCGUUAUAUCUUAAAUACUGCACUCCUAGAAACAAAACAUAGGUAUGCAGUUGUGCGUAUGAGUCUCACUUUUUUGUCCUGUGCUGUGAGUCGGCUGCACACAACAGUCCUGAUUAAACACCGUGCUAAAAUAUCGCCACCAAUCAAUAUUUGAAAAGAAACUCUUGGAAUCGACUCGAAAUCGGUUAUGAGAUCUGUCGUCAUGUCACAGUAUCAAAGCUUAAGCGAACAGGGCAUUGUCUUCGAUGGAUACCCCCCAAAAAAAAUAUUUAAAUUGUAAAUUGUAAAACUAACAUAUCUGAGAAACUAACUUCGGAUUCAAGUUAGUCGGCAAAAUGCACUUUUUGUAGACAUAAGAAAUAAUCAAAGCAAAGAGCAUUGAUUCCUUUCCAAAUGGCAAAAUACCACUGACAAAUCGAGUUGAGAUAAGAUGUUGUUUCAUUUUAUAUAGUUAGCCAAACCAUUUGCCGAUAUUAUAAAAUUAUACACGUACAUACAUAUGUACAUUGUUGGAAAUCAUGAUAAAACCAAAUCAAUUUUGCUGUUCCGUAUGCAUUUGCAUAGCUUUUUGCAUGUUACCGACACACAAACGAAACACACACCCAAACUAUAAAUGUAUUUUAGAUAUUUUAAACUUUUUGGAAAGUGUUUUACGCGAAACUAAAGAAAGAAACCAAAUAUUUUCAAUGACAAUAUCUAAAUUUACGCGAUAAAUGUUAUAGUAAAAAGUC